UGUGUCGCGGCAUACAGCAGUUCGAGGAGACGCCGCAGUACACCGAGGUGAACCCCAAACAGGACGCCAAGCUGAUCUGCCGCGUGCUCGGGAAGAAGGGCCAAUGCAUCUGGCAGAAGGAUCAAAAGCCGAUCGGCAUGCAUUUGAAUAAGUACGAGUGGGUCGGCUCGCCGGACAUCGGCGACUGCUCGUUGUGGGUGCGAUCCGCGUCCCUGGAUUUCGACGACGGAUUAUGGCAGUGCCAGGUCACUGCCAGCGAUUUCACCACGCAGGACGCGUUGGCAUCGAAGCCUGCGAGGCUGGUCGUCAGAGUCAGCCCACAGCGACCGCAGAUAGAGUACGCGGAACGUCUCAUUCUGCCCGGCAACAACGUGACAGCUCGAGCAGGUGAGAUCGCUACGCUCACUUGCAGCGCGCGGUAUGGGAAUCCUUCGCCUCUAAUUAAAUGGUACGUGGGCGAGACCGAAGUGAGGACUCUCAGGCCCCAGGUAAACUCGACGGAGAUAGAUAAUCCCCGCACUUGGGCCACGUACAGCGUCUGCGAGAUUAUGGCGGAGCGGUCGCGCUACGGCCAGCCGAUUAGGUGUGUCGCCAUUCAUCCGGCGUAUGCCAACCCGACCAUGUCCUCCAGCACGGAAGUGAGGUUCGACGUGCGAUACGCGCCGGAAACUCGACUGGUCGGCGUCCCGACAGGCCAGCUGGAGGAGGGUCGAGAUCAGCUGGAGAUCCGCUGUUUGGCCGACGCGAAUCCCCCGGCCUCGAUCCUCUGGAGGAGAUCGAAGAGCGUGGGGGUGUCGGAGGUGGCCAGCAUAGGGGAAAUUCUGCAGUUCUCGCCGAUCUACAGGAACCACGCGGCGGACUACAUCUGCGAGGCGGCCAACAGCGAGGGCGAAAGCAGCCCAGUUUCCGUUCAAGUCUCCGUCAACUAUCCGCCGACAAUCAGCUCGGUCGGGCCUGAUCGGCUGACUACGGCGUUACUCUUUUCCGGUGCAUCGUUCGAAUGCACCGCCGACGCGAUGCCACCGGCCGACUACAGAUGGGCGCAGGUCUUCACCGACGGUCGGAUGCCGUUGGAGUGCGGCUCCGGGCAGCGAUUGAUCCUGACGAACGUGACGUACGAGCAACAGGGUCAAUACAUAUGUCUCGCCUCGAACAAGAUCAAUGGAAACGUCCGGGAAGUUAAAAGCGACCCUGUGUCUCUGCAAGUGGUCGGCGCGCCCAGGGUGGUGAAGCCGACCAUCGCGGAGAAGUUCGUCGUGGCGACGACCGAGGGGAGUCCGGCGAAAUUAGAGGUCCGACUGUGCGCCGACCCGAAGCCUCAGCUCGUGGCUUGGGAAUGGGGCAGCACCAGACUGCACGCCGGCGAGAUGCUGGAAUCGCGAUACCGGGCCCUGGACCUGGACCCGCUUCCGGUCGAGGACUGCUACGCCGCCAUUUUGGAGCUGAUCAGCACCGUGAAGGAGGACCAGCGGCUGUACCACGUGAUCGUGGAGAACGAGCGGGGCAGCGAUCGCCGGUCGCUGAUGCUGAGAGUCGACGAGCCGGGCCAGAUUCCGCUCGUUAUCGGCGCCGUCGCUGGGUUUACGGUGCUCUCCGUCCUGAUAAUGGGAUUCGUUUGUUUCCUACGUUCGGAUAGAUGCUGCGUGGCCAGAAACACGGUGCCCGCUCUGCAGCAAGUGCAUUGCACGAAGGCUUCGAACACGAUGAUCGAGGAUCCCCGGCUGGCGGUGGACACGAUGGAACGCAACAGCCAGCAGUACGCCUCGGAAAAACGACCGAAUCACGUUUUGAAACCGGUCCCGUCGCAGCAGUACCAACAGGAGUGCUAUCAACACGAUCCGCCGCACCAGCAGUCGCACUAUCAGAGGCAUCAUCAUCACCACGGGCAACACCACGGGCAGCACCACGGACCACAGUACACGCUUCAGACGCAGUGGAAAACCGUGUCAGAUUAGCACAAGGGAGGACAGAGGGUCGAAAAGCAAAUGUUUCGCAUCCAGGAACCGGAAUCGUUUCAAUCUCUCGUCUCCGCACGUCCGAACGAAUCGAGUUUCAUCGCAACAUCACCUAGAACCAUAGGCUCGCACAAGUAUUGACCAUUUCGGCAUCGUCCCCCCUCCCCGGCACAGUGCCGCCCCGUCCCCCGGCCGCCAGAUCAAGAUAGCGAUUUGAGUGAUUUAUGCGGUCAGCGGAGUGCAUUACGCAUGCAUUUGGUUGCAUCCACUCACCCCCCUUCCCCGGUGUCCCUUUCCCAAUUACCCGCAAUCUCCUUGUAGGUAAUUUAAUUUAGCUACGUGUACCUAAGUAGCGCCGGAUACAGCCACUUCUACCAUAACGCGAUUACGAUCUUCCGGCGGCAGCCGAACCGUGCACGCCGUUUCGCAUUAGUCGGCGGCGAGCGAUCGUUAAGAUCGGCCCGCGAACGUUUUCUCGGCGCGGUGACUCGCGCGAAACUGGGUCGCAAACCGAGGCGUCGUCGGCUCGAACAAACUGUAGUAGGAACUCGAUCCCCGGAAUCGUUCCGAGUACGCUACCGAUGACGUCACUCUGUUCGACGUUAUCGCUGGCGAUUGCGCUCCCGCGCGACGGCGUUAUCUCUCACGCAGAAAUUAAUGCGGCAACUGCCGGAACAAUUCGCCCUUAGUUUCUUCGUCGAACGUACCUUCCGCGGCCAGAAUUUUAUCGCGGAAUUUUAUCUCUCGGCAAUUUUAUUUCAUCUUCCAGCCAACCGAUGAGCAGAGAUGUCAAUGCAUACAGGUUUUGAACGUUGUUCGUUUCGAACGUUAUUCCAUCGUUAUUCUCGCAGAAAUGUGAAAUCAUUCUGCACCGGUUUGGGCGAAAAAGCAGCGGAUUCAUUUCUGCGCCGGAGAGAUACGCGUUUAUUUGUAUUUAGGAAACACCGCCGACAUUUUCGUGGAUCUUUCGACACUAGGACCCCAGAAGUUUCGACGUAUCCGAGAUCAUUUGAUAAUCGAUCACGACUUCGGAUAAUCGGACACGAUUUCGUGAAUUUCAAGUGUGAACUUUAACCCUCGGCCUGCGGUUACCGUGUCUUUUGCGAAUCGAUGUAUUUAAAUGGCCGCUCAAUUUUUGGCGAUUAAAUGGAAUAAACGGCUGUCACGCUGAGGACAACAGAAA